AUGAGUUUAACGUGAUGCGGGGUGGAGAAAGUGAAGAGAAGGCGAUGAUUUCAAAGCAGCGUAACAACAACAACACGUUAAAAACUUCGCCAUUUACAUCUCUAUAACAACAAGUUCCUCACACUUUACACAUUCGCAUCAAAUUCCCAUUUCUUCCAUGGAUUCCUCCGCUGCUAUUCGAUCUUCUCACUGCUUUAUGUCCCAUAUGCAAUCCUCACUUCAGAAACCAGGUCUAAUUCACGUUCAAAAUGUCGGAUGCAAUUUUCAAAGUAGGUCUUUCGUCCAGAACUUGGCAAUUAGUGAUAAACACAUUGUUUCUCACAACAAAUGGAACCGAGUGCUGGUGUCAUGUACAAAAACAGCAAAAGAAAUUGACGCUGCCAAGUCUGAGGCUUCUUUGGAGAGCAUUGCAAAAGAAUCUUUGGUGAAAAAACCUUUGCAAACAUUUCCGAAUGGAUUUGAGGCUUUAAUAUCAGAGGUAUGCGAUGAGACUGAAAUUGCUGAACUGAAAUUAAAGGUUGGAGAGUUUGAGAUGCAUAUGAAGAGAAACAUUGGAUUAUCAGCCGCUCCUGUGUCCAACAUUUCCCCAACUAAACCUAUGGUUGAUUCUGCAUCUUCAACUCCUACACCAUCACCAUCAAAAUCAUCUCCAGCAAAGACUAAUCCAUUUGUAAAUGACUCGAAUGAUAAGUCGCCAAAGUUGGCUGCAUUGGAGGCUUCUGGUAACAAAAAUUAUGUCUUGGUAGCAUCUACUACGGUUGGUUCAUUUCAAAGAGGUAGAACUGUGAAAGGGAAUAAGCUACCUCCUGUUUGUAAAGAGGGUGAUAUGAUCAAAGAUGGACAAGUUAUAGGUUAUGUGGAUAAUUUUGGCACUUCACUCCCUGUUAAGUCAGAUGUGGAUGGUGAAGUGUUGAAGCUACUCUUUCAGGAUGGAGAGGCUGUUGGUUAUGGAGACGCUCUUAUUGCUGUGUUACCAUCAUUCCACGAUAUCAAGUGAGCCUGCCUAUCAUACUGUUGAUGAUCAGUUAUGCGCGUUUAUUUUUUUGGGAGCUGAGAUGUGAAUUCAGUUUACGGCCUAGUUAUUCUUAGUAUCUGCAGCAAAUAGCAUAUUGGCAUUUUGGUGAAUUUUUUCAACAAUAGAUUCAUAAAUAAUGAUAUUUGCAAUUGUAUUGGGCUAAAUUGGCAUUUGACCGUUACUGCCAUGUUUGGUAUACUUUUCUUUUUUCUUUUUUUGACACUAGUUGCAUAAGCUAUAUUGUAAUGACAAUUUCAAUUUCGUUAUUAUAUAUAAGAGGAGGUAGGUGAGGCAAAAUCACCAGCUGCUGAAUUUGCCAGUUUCGUGAGUCCA